GUUUCUCAAACUGAGGGCUGCAUCCUCUGAAGGUCGCAUAUAUGCAGGGUGCAUACGUUAUCAAGCCUGGUUUGUUUCAGUUAACUGAGCAUUACAUUCGCAAGUCAUAUAAGCACACUACAACAAUUUACGAUUAACUAAGUCGAAUGUAAUAUUAAACGUAUAUUUCAUAUUCUGAAAUAAGACAGCAUGCAGCCGGUAAAUGUGACCUCCGAAGGAUGCAGUCUGGAGAACGGCCACUAUAUAAACGCUUCAGCAUCUGCAAAAUCAACUGCGCACUUCUGAAGUGAAAGUAGUUAGCGUCAGUCUUCUCUGAACAGAUCAAAUAUUUUUAUUAAACUGUUAACAUUGUCUGCUGUUUUCGGAUCAACGUCAAUAGUUUUAUUGUAGUAAAAAUGCAGUUUUUUAAUAACUUGUGUGUUUGUAGCCGCAGCUCUCUCAGACGUAGCAUCGUUUGAAGUUUAAUUAUUCUUUUGGUCGAAUGUGGAGGAAUAUGACUCUUUACAAAACAACGUUAUUUUAUGUCUUCUCAUUAGUCGUGAUGAAAGGUGUGUUUGGUGUGGAUGGAGAUGAAGUGAAGUCAGUGUCAGUGAUGGAGGGAGAUUCUGUUACUCUACACACUGAUAUUACUGACAUACAGACAGAUGAUCAGAUACUGUGGAUGUUUGGACCUCGAGAGACUCGUAUAGCUGAAAUCUAUAAGAAAAUCAUUAAUAUGUUUGAUAAUAAUGAGACAUUUGGAGACAGACUGAAGCUGGACAGUCAGACUGGAUCUCUCAACAUCACAAACAUCAACAUCACAAACUCUGGACUUUACAAACGACAGAUCCUCAGUAACAGUGGAACAACAUAUAAGAGAUUCAAAGUCACUGUCUAUGCUCACCUGCCCGUUCCUGUCAUCAUCAGAGACUCAUCACAAUGUUCUUCUUCAUCAUCAUCAUCGUCAAGUUCAAAAUGUUUGUUGUUGUGUUCAGUGAUGAAUAAGAGAGAUGUGAGUCUGUCCUGGUACAAAGGAUUCAGUUUAUUAUCUAACAUCAGUGUGUCUGAUCUCAACAUCAGACUCUCUCUACCUCUGGAGAUUGAAUAUCAUGACAACAACACAUACAGGUGUGUGGUAAACAAUCCCAUCACAAACCAAACUCAACAUCUCAACAUCACUCAUCUCUGUCAGACAUGUUCAGAUCCUUCUCAAGUACAUACAUAUCUUGCAGGAACUAUAACUGCAGUACUUCUGACUGUACUAGCACUCUCUGUCAUGUACAUUUUCUUUAAGAAACACAAAAGAGACAAGCUAAAAGGAAAUAGAUUUGUACCAGCUGAACAUGAAGUGGAAACAACAGAAGAAGAGGUACAUUACGCUGAUACAACAUUUUGUCAGCAAAAUCAACAAAAAAAGAGACAUUGUGAAUCAGAAACUGUAUACGCCAGCGUGGUGACAUGAGUCAAGUCAGCGGUGAUUAACAACCUUCAGUAUCUCAUUUCAACCGCUUCUGCCUUCAAAAGCAGUUGAGUUUAGCAUUAAUCUGGCUUUAUAAUGCUAGAAUGUAUUUUCUUUGUUAUAAUGAAGUGCUUUGGCUUUUUGUUGGAUUGUCGGAGAUACUCGAGGGACUUUCCAACUUAAAUCAUUUGAAUACUUUUUAUUUGCAUUAACAAACAUGCAAAUGUGGAAGCAAAAACCAGUUUGUCAAAGACUGUGUUAUGGUCUUUCAUUUAUUAUGUUGAAGGCUGUUUUAAGUUAGGCUAUAAGGUUAAAUUUUCCUUUGCAUUUCAAAUAAAAUGUGACAAGAAGUGUUUUUCCCACCGGUUGAUGUAUAUUUAUUUUAUAUUUUUAAUAUUGAGGACAGUUGAAAUGAGUGGUUGGGGGUGGGGAUGUUUUUUUUUAGCUUAUUGUAUAGACAUACAAUAAGCUAAAAAGAAACCGACCCGACCACUCUUUUCUUUACUAUGUCUGGCAGCAGAGCAUCACACGUGUAUUAUAUUACACUCAUGCUUCUGCUUUGUUUGCUGAUAAUCGAAACUACUCAUUCAACUGUCUGUUCCUGCUUUUAUUUUAUUUCAAAACCACAAGAUGUUGUCUGCUUUCAAAAUCAUUUCAUUUUUUUAUUGCAUCAAAGGUUUAAGCAUGUGAAGUAUGCUAUUGUGAAUUUUUCUGAUUGUGUUUUUUUUCUUUUGUAGUCAAAGUCAAACUUGUCAGAGUAUAAACAUGCACUGUGUUUUUAUGCUAAAAAUUGUUUAUAAAAAUAUUAAAUAUUUAAAAAAAAUUCGUCCAUAUUUCACAAUAAGCAUCAGUGAGAUGAUCUCUUUGUUGUUGUAUUGUAACUCUGAUGGCUGGACUGAAGGAUUAAAAAUGUUAACAUAA